AUAUAAAAAGGGCCAUUACUUGCAUGCAUGCUAUUUGGCGGAUCGCGUAAACGUUUGCCCGAUGGUUUAUGCAGACGAGGGGACAUUAAUAUUUUGUUACUGGGCGAUCCCGGCACGGCUAAAUCACAAUUACUAAAAUUUGUUGAGAAAGUAGCUCCUAUUGGAAUUUACACUUCAGGCAAAGGUUCUAGUGCUGCAGGUUUAACGGCGUCAGUGACGAGAGAUCCAUCAACGCGAAACUUUGUUAUGGAAGGUGGUGCUAUGGUUCUAGCUGAUGGUGGUAUUGUUUGCAUUGAUGAAUUUGAUAAAAUGAGACCGUGCUAUAUGACUUUAUUCUUUUUAUCUUAAAAAUUUGUACCACUGUAUAACUUUGUUUUACCGUGCAAUAAUAUAUUUUAUUUUUUUUCAGACGAAGGAAUAUAUUGUGGAAAAGUAUGGUGGUGAAGAA